CCGCGAGGGGGAAGGCUACGCGUCGGACGAUGGCUCAUCCAGCCGUGUCGCCUCUGGCCAUCGCGCUCCUGGCGGCGGCCGUAUGCCUGCUGGGCGUGGCCGGCUCCAGCUCCAAUCCCGCCUGGAGAAAACAGAAGAGAAUCCGAAUGCCGGCUCCUCAGGACGGGGAGCGCUGCUGGCUCCGCAGGGCCAGAUCGGCGGCAUCCCCGCAGCACCCCUACGCUAGCUACCCGCGGCCGGCGGGAGGAGCAUCUGUGGGCCGGAUCGCGGCGCCUUUGCGGCCCCGGCGCGCUCCGAGUUCCGACGGCAGCAGCGUGGAAGACACGUGGGAAGAAAGCAACGCCUUCCCGCGGCGCCCGCGCGCCAGAAGCGGCCCUCUCGCCCAAGCGCCGGCUCCAGCGCCAGGCACCCUGGCGGCCCUCCGCUUCUCCGGUGGGCAAGAGCAGCUGCUCUUGCGCCCAGGAGUCCUCGCCGCCCUGCCCCGCGAAGAAUUCACCAUCGAGGCCUGGGUGAAGCCCGAGGGCGGCCAGAGCAACCCAGCCAUCAUCGCAGGUGUGUUUGACAAUUGCUCCCACGUUGCCAGUGACAAAGGCUGGACUCUAGGCAUCCGUACACAGGAGAACUCUGGGAAAAAAGAUGCCCGUUUUUUCUUCUCACUCCGCACAGACCGCAUCAAGAGACCCUCCACCAUAUUUGCACACCACCGCUACCAGCUCAGUACAUGGACUCAUGUGGCUGCAACCUACAAUGGGCAGCAGAUGCUGUUGUACCUGAAUGGGGCACGGGUAGCUCGUAGUUCUCAGCAAUCUGGUGCCCUCCAUAGCUCAUUUAUGUCCUCUUGCCGCACCUUGAUUCUGGGAGGUGACAACUCCGAGAAAGGGCACAACUUCCGUGGGUAUCUGGCACUGCUAGCCCUUUGGAGUGUUGCCCUGCCUCAGGAGAAACUCCAAAGGGCCUUCUUGAGAAAGAUUGAAGACCGAGAACCUGCCAUGUUGCUGAGCGCCAGGUUUAGCCGCUUGCAGCAGCAGUGGGUGACAUUCAAGGAUGGAGGCUACCCAAUUAUGGAGUCAUUUCAAGCACCAGAGUCUCCGGUUCUGUCACCACUAAUGCCCCCGCUUUGUGGGCAGACUGCCUGUGAUAACGUGGAGCUGAUCUCUCACUACAACAGCCACUGGCCACUGCGCAAUGAGAAAGUGGUACGCUACAGUGUAGUCAAUAUCCAUGAUGACGACGGUCUCCAUCCUACUGUUACCCAGGAGCAGAUUGCCCACCAGCACCACGUGCUGACUGAGGCCUUUGGCCCCUACAACAUAACUUGGCAGUUGAGCGUUCACAAGGUUUACAACUCCUCUCUCCGCCACCGUGUAGUCCUGGUAAAUUGUGAACCUGGCAAGAUUGGCAAUGAGUACUGUGACCCUGAGUGUGAACAUCCACUGACUGGCUACGAUGGGGGUGACUGCCGCCGGCUGGGGCACUGUUGGGAGCGCCGGGAUGGUGUUUGCAACAUGGAAUGCAACAAUAUGCUGCACAAUUUUGAUGAUGGAGACUGUUGCAACCCCAAAGUGACCAAUGUAAGGAAGACUUGCUUUGAUCCCGAUUCUCUGCAACGUGCAUAUAUGAGUGUGAAGGAGCUGAAGGAGGCACUGAAGCUGAACAGUACUCACUUCCUCAAUGUCUACUUUGCCAGUUCUGUGAGGGAGGAUCUGGCAGGUGCUGCUAUCUGGCCAUGGGACAAGGAUGCCCUGAGCCACCUGGGUGGAGUGGUCCUCAAUCCAGCCUACUAUGGUAUGCCAGGUCAUACAAAUACCAUGAUACAUGAAGUAGGACAUGUCUUGGGACUCUACCAUGUCUUUAAGGGGGUGAACGAAAGGGAAUCCUGUGAUGACCCAUGCAGGGAGACGACACCAUCCAUGGAGACUGGGGAUCUUUGUGCCGAUACAGCACCUACUCCCAAAAGCAAAUUCUGCUGUGAUCCAGAUCCCAUCACCGACACAUGUGGUCAAACUCACUUCUCUGGAACUCCUUUCAACAAUUACAUGAGCUACACAGAUGACAACUGCACGGACAGUUUCACGCCAAACCAAGUAGCUCGGAUGCACUGCUAUCUGGAUUUGGUGUAUCAGAAGUGGAGUCAGGGCAAAAAGCCCACGCCUAUUCCCAUGCCGCCGAUAGUCAUUGGGCAGACCAAAGACUCCCUCACCAUACACUGGCCACCCCCCAUUAGUGGAGUACUCUAUGAAAGGGAGUCUGGAAACUUCUGCGGAAACUGUGCUGAAGAUGGGACUUUUAGCCAGUACGUACAUGAGGCUUCCUCUCCUCGGAUCUGUGAUUCCUCUGGCUAUUGGACUCCAGAAGAAGCAGUAGGGCCUCCAGAUGUGGAUCAGCCCUGUGAGCCCAGCUUGCAAGCCUGGAGCCCCGAAUUCAAUUUGUUCAAUAUGAACAUGACCACCCCUUGCCCUCAGCCGCUUGGUUGCAUUUUGGAGCUACACUUCCUGCACCCAGUCUACCCGGACUCUCUAAUGGUAUGGACCACCUAUUUCUCUACGGACUCCCCCAAGACUCUGUUGGACAUUGAAAUCCUUGCAGAAAAUGGAGACUCGGUUCACCUGGGACCAAUGGACACAUUCUGUGACAUCCCCCUUACGGUCAAACUUAACCCCAACAAGAAGGUCUCUGGGGUAAAGAUCUACACAUCUGAUGAGCAGAUGGAGAUAGAUGCUGCAUUGCUGAUCUCAACACCUGAUAGCCCUCUUUGUUCCAACUGCAAACCCGUGAAGUACAGAGUUCUCCGGGACCCCCCAUUUCUUGAUGGAUCCCCAGCUAUGGUGACACAGCUGAAUCGAAAGUUUGUUGACAUGGAAGUCACUACAGGCCAGCAAUAUCAGUACCAGGUACAGGCUGUGGCAGGAGCUGCUGUAGGAGAAGCCUCCCCACCUCUGCUCCACAUCCAUGGCUUUCCCUAUUGUGGGGAUGGGAAAGUAAGCAUAAGCCUUGAAGAAGAGUGUGAUGAUGGAGGCCUGAUAGAUGGGGAUGGCUGCUCUAGAACCUGUAAGAAAGAAAAGGGAUUCCACUGUACUGGUGAGCCAAGCCUGUGUUACAUCCAUGACGGUGAUGGCAUUUGUGAGCCAUUUGAGAAAAGCAGCAGCAUUGUGGACUGUGGUCUCUAUACCCCGAAAGAGUACAUGGAUCAGUGGGCUUUGGAGGCCUAUGCCUCCCACCAGGACCAGAAGGCAUGCCCAGUUUCCCUAGUGACUGGAGAACCUCUUGUAAGGGUGUGCAAGCCUCAUCAUCAGAACAUGCUGCCGCUCAUGGCUUGGUUCCCUUGCACCAACCAUGACAUUCUUCAGGAUACAGAUAGGGAGAAAAUGCCCUUGGACGAUAGAGUCUGGCUGAAAGUGUGCUUCAACAGACCCAGUGUGGCUACUUCACUCUUUGUUUUCCUGGCAUCAGAUGGAACUUCCAAUGUUGAUCAGCCCAAGCCCACUGUGACGGUUCACCUGGGUGACACUAGCGGGCACAACCACUUUCUUGCAACAUAUGAACUGUCAUGUCAGCAGAACCCACUGGUCAUCAACAUCACUGACAAUAUUGCCACCCACCAAAUCACCUCAGCCGUGUUGAAUUUCUCCUCCCUACUUGUGGGCAUCUCUGCAGUGGCCUUGCGGGCACGUUCCCCAUCAGAGCCUUCCAGCCCAAGCAAUUGCCUCCCAGAGCAUGAGGGACACAGCCGUCAGAGACACAGCUGCACCCAACAUAUCUGCAGAGAUCAAGGCAGGUGCACGGUGCCUCUUAUCCAUCAUGCUGAUGAUAUCAACUGUUCUCUCAGCAGCCAGGGACAAAUGCAGUGUGCUAUUAUCUGUGAAAAGGGGUUUGUCCUCCAUGCCAGCCAUGGGCAGUCACUGCACCUCGUUCAGAAAGAGAUCCUGUUGCAUUGUAACUCUGGGCAGUGGGACAGAUCUGUGACUUGUGACCCCAUUGACUGCCAGUUUCCCGACCAAUCACACGUGCUUUAUGCAGAAUUCUUCUGUCCUAAAGGAACCACUUAUCUGAAGCAGUGCUUCUUCUCUUGCAUCAAGCCAGCAAAGCUUCAAGGAAUGAGUCAGUGGCUGACCUGCCUGGAAGAUGGCCUCUGGUCACUCCCAGAAGCUUACUGCAAGUUGGAGUGUGACACUCCACAGCCAGUCGCCAAUGCCAAGCUGCUGACGCCCCGAUGUCUGCAAGGAAAUCAUGAUGUGGGCUCUGCUUGCUGUUACAAGUGUAAGCCUGGAUACCAUGUUGCAGAAACCAUAGAGGGAAAGCCCAGGAAAAAGUUCCUGAAUAUUCAGUGUCUGGAAAGUGGCUUCUGGGAGGAAGGCAGCUGUGUUCCUGUGCUGUGUAAGCCACCCCCACCAGUCUUUGAGGGGAUGUACAACUGCACCAAUGGCUUUGAGCUUGACAGCCAGUGUGUUCUUAGCUGCAGCCCACAGAGUAAGAGGGUUCCUAUCCUUUGCACUAAAGAUGGUUUAUGGACAGAGGAGUUUAAAUUGUGUGAAGAUCUGCAAGGGGAAUGUUCACCACUUCAAGAGCUGAAUUCUGUGGAGUACAAAUGUGAUCAAGGUUAUGGAAUUGGUGCUGUAUGUACACCUUCCUGUGACUUUCUAAUUCUUCCAAGUGACCCUGUUAUGUUGCCUGAAAAUGUAACUGCUGAUACUAUGGAUCACAGACUGAAGCCUACCAAAGUCCAGAGCAUUGUGUGUACUGGAAGACUAGAGUGGCAUCCAGAUCCAAAAGUCAUUCAUUGUAUUAAUUCCUGUGAGCCUUUCGAAGCUGAUGGCUGGUGUGACACCAUCAACAACCGAGCCUAUUGUCAGUAUGAUGGAGGUGACUGUUGCUCCUCCACAGUCUCCUCCAGGAAGGUGGUCCUGUUUCCUAAUGGUUGUGACCAGGAUGAGUGCACCUGCCGGGAUCCAGCAGCAGAAGAGAAUCAGUAACAGCAGCCAGGACAACUUGUGCUAUCAAGGCCUGAACUAGAGGAAGCUGCAAGAGCUUGUGAGAGUGUCAAUGGGAACUGGAAGGGCUGAGGGAAAGGACUUCAAAGGAAGCAUCAUCACAGAGGCUUAGUGCUUUAAGGCAUGGUGCAUAAGGAAGAGGGAACGCAGUAAAGAAAGGGGGUUUGAAAGAUAUUGGGGGGUGGGAAGAAAGAGAGAGAAUGAACACCCUUAUGGCCCCAAUUUGGCUUCCUUCCCAUCAGAAAUGAAACACAAGCAGCAAAGGGCCUGUUCCAUAGCCUCGACAGCUCCACUGGCAAACUGACUCUGGAUCAGGCUUCUAGGCUGCCUUCAUUGCAUUACUGUAUCAGUGGAUUGCCACCUACUUCUGUUUUUGCUCUGAGUUUUGUCUAUAUGCUCCCCCCGCCCACAACUGUCUAUGGCUUGAUUUAGCAAGGGGGUGGGGACGAUAAGUGAUCUGUCUGCAAAUAUUUAAGCAUAAUUUUAUUACAAAUCUAUAUUAUAUUUUUAUUUGCUGUUUAUUAAGCUGAAACAUGUGCUGCUGUGAAGUAUAGGACAUUUGGGGAAAAGUGGGAUCAGGUAAUGAAAGGAAUCCCUUACAGUGGAGGAAUUUCUAGGGCCAGUUAUACGAACAGCAGAAUCAAGUAGUAACUUUUUUUCUGGGCUAUAGCCUAUCAGGCUGCAAAAGCUAUCCUAUUAGAGAGUUCAGCCUACUCUUCCCCCUGACGUUUCCCCUCCAUGUGCAGUGAAUAUAAGCCUGAAGUGGUGAAGAAUGGAGGAAAUGUUACUACUUUCUUGUGCUUAUCAUAUAAACUGGGCCCAAGAUAGGUACUUCAGUGUAAUAGGAGAUGCCCCCCAUCACACCCUCCAUCAAUCCUAAAAGAUACCCAGUGCUAGAAAGACCAAGGUUUACAGUAGAAACACUGCUGAAACCCCAUGCUGUUAAGGGGCUGUGCAUCAGGGCAGAUUUUUGCAAAUAAAUCCACAUUCGCCUUCAAAAACCUUUACUAGCCUUGCCUUCCACCCCAUACAUGUGUAUGUUAACGAUUUGUGUCCAAAAAGAAGCAACUUAAAAGUCCCCUACCUGGUUGAUUAUUCUUACUCACUGCAGGCAAGUGGGGAUUCAGGAUCUUGCAGGAGGGAUACCCACAGGUGUUUCAGUACUAUCCACUUUACAUAGUUUAAUGCAGGGGUGCACAAGUCAAAUACCCUGGUGGGCCGGAACCAACCAUGACUUGGUAGGCAGGGGCCGAGAUAAAUUUUCAGCACAUUAAUGAUUACAUUAAAAUUAUUAAAAAUAUUAAUGACUGAUAUUAAUACUAUUAUUAUUAUAUUAAUAAUAAUAUCAUAAUAAUAAUAUUAAUGACUAAUCACUGCAGACUGAUUAACAUCCACCCUUAGACAGUGCAUUUAGAGCACAGGUUUCGUUUAAGAUGUUUCCCAGUUGAUGGUGAUCCAAGAGCAAGCGGCAAUUGUGUGGGGGGUGAAUACUCCUCCUUUCAUCCAUCAAUUCCCCCCCCAAAAAAAACCACUCCCUGAGCCUUUUUCCCCUCUCAGGCAGCUUAUUUCUAGUUUUGGAACUAUUUGAGAGGCAGGCUUGGACUGGCCCACAGGGCAUAUUCCCACUGUGCCCCACCUGCAGGAUGCCCCUGUGCCCAGCCACACACGGCAGCAAUGAAUUCGCCCACCCUUAAGUACCCAUUCUGCUCAAAACCCGGCACCCUCCCCACAUACAUUCCACCGCCCUCUAAGUGCCCCCAGUCUAGCCCUGCUGAGAAGGAAAAAAAUGGUGUGUGGGGGGGAAGGGAAUUACAGGAGAGAAUGGACAAAAGCCCUCUUCUGCCUCUGGAUUAUCUUCUGCCCUCAUCGUAUUGCAAGGCAGCACAACAGACUCACUGCCGUCCUGCAUAGUAUGGGGCAAACAUGGGGUUACCAUUGGUAAGACUGGUGAGGAAAGGGGUAUGCAUCCUCUUACAAAUGCCAGUUGCCACUACAUCACUUUUAACUGGGAAACAUUUAAUGGCUUCACAUCAAGAUCCACCCUUAGACAGAGCACAGGUCACAGCCUAGUUUAUCAUACUACAGUAAUGUUCUAGACUACUCUGUACCUCCAUAAUGCAGUCAGUAAUUCUAGUAAAAAUACAUAUACAUUUCAGAUACUCCAAUCUAGGCCAUUCUCCCAGAAUGUUUGAUUGUGGUUCCUUGCUGCAUCCAGCAGUGUGGAUAUGAAUGUGUCUUCUUCUUCUUUAUUAUUAUUAUUAUUAUUAUUAUUAUUAUUAUUGAGAAACGGGCGCAGGAAGAGGGAGGAGAUGCUCUGGGCUUUUUUAGGACCUUCAGCUUUUGAGACAGGGAGUACAGAGACACACUGAAAUUCCUUUUGAGAUGAGAUUUAGAUUCAAUGUCUACCUUCUGUGUAGCAGUGUGGGAGUUGCUUUCCAUUGCUUUUCCCCAUAGUGCUCUAGUAGUAUAGGAAUGGAAGAAUCGUGUGUGGGAAUGAGAGCCAUAUGGACAGAAUCAGGUGAGAUCCAGUUUCUGAAGUGGUUGUGCUUCCCACAUGAAUGCAUUCCUCAUGUGAUUCUCCCAUUGGGAUUGGGUCUUUGGAUGGAGCAAUAGGGAAACUGGCACUUAAAUGUGACCUGUUUGGGGGGCAAACAACACAUGCAUGCUAAUUUGUGUUGUACAGACAAGCUUCCAACUGCAAGUGUCUCCCCCUCCCCCUUCUUUGUUGAAAAUAGCCAAGUCGUGAUUUCUGCUGCGGGGGCAAACUGCUGCUUCCGUUGGGCUGGUUUUUGGUGGGAAGAGGGCACAUGGAGAGACUGAACCUCACCUUCCUUGCAUGCCCCAGGCCCAACCUGGUUCUACCCCACCCCACCCCCACAUGGCUUUUUUGGACAAAAAAUGAGGCACUUCCAGUUGGAAACACACCUUUAUAGUGCACAUGUAGUUUGGCCCUUAGAUUCUGGGAAUGUGUACAAAUAUGAUUGCAUGGUCUUACUGUGGAUUAAACUGAACUAACUAACAUGGAUUAAAAUCAGUGGCUGACCACUGAGGUGGGAAAGUGGCAAUUUUUGAUGCCCUCCCCUUCCCCAGGAAGCCCUCUGUGUCACAUGAAAAUAUGUCUCCCAUGGGCUGUACAACCCUCAGGGACAUAUUUCUGCAUGUCACCAAGUGCGGAAGGGGAGGGUGUCAAAAAUUGCCACUUCCUUGCUGCACCAAUGCAGUUGGGAAGUUCUGUUAGGCUGCUCUCUCACUGCACUGGUGCAUUCUUGCUCCUUAUGUCAACCACUGUAUGUAUAAAAGGGAAAUCUAGCUGUAAGAGUACAGUCCUUUUCUAGCCUGGCUCAAUAUAGGCUCCCCACUCCUAUCAAGGCAUGCCACUUACUUGCAUCACCUGUACCAUUUGUGGCAUCUGUAUCACUGAUUGGCCAUGGUCCCCCGCUUCCUUGUUUCCUACAGUUAAAAAAAAUCCAAACCCUGUCAACAUAACCCUGUAGGUAUGCAGACUGGAAAUUGCAUUGUUGAAAAACACAUAAAAGUGGUGAUUCUCUUAAGGGCUGCUUUACACUUAAGAUAUUUUUGUGUACACCUGAAUAUGUAAUAUAUGAAUGAGGCAAGUGCAUAUUUAGAUCAUACAGAUACGCUGAUGAGAGGCAUGAUUGGUUGUGGUGCCCUGCUGAGUGUACAGUCAAUUGCAAACCUAAGUUUGAUGCCGUGGAAUGGAAUACAUUCAAUGUGAAUGAAUUGCUAAACAUAAAGAAAAAUGCUCCCCUACCAUUUUCUUAGCUAUAAGCAGAACUGUAGCCUAUCAGAGUGGCCAAAACUCCAAGAGGAAGUUGGCUAAAUGUGGCAGUGUCAUCUGGAGAAACAUAGCCUUUUACAAACUUCGCAUUGUGCCCAUAAUGCUGCUGUUGAGAGACAAAAUGGUCCUAAUGGCUGACACUGCCAGCUUGCCUGUGCACAUCAUUUCAGUGUCUGCAGAGAAGCUAUAGGGAGGAGAAACAUCCAGACGAUGGAUGGGAAAAUUACGUAGGGCCGGCCAGUCUACUGGGUAGACCGGGGUGGUCAUCUGAGGUGCCAGUUCUUGGGGGUGUGGGGUGGGUGCCGCCACCCCUGCCGUGAAUAGCUGCUUUUCUGCAUGGUGGCUGGGGAAGGGUGGUGGUGAGGAAGGAGAUUAUACCUUUUUAAAAUCCAUAAGACCCCAUCAAAUGGCUACCAGCCGUGCAUGUGCAUGGUCCAGGUGAGCAGGAGGGGCAAAGGGUGUAGUGGGUAUGGACUCCACACAGAGUUGGACAGCAGUGGGGAGUGGCAUUGGCAGUCUCAUGGACUUUAAAAAGGUAUAGUUUCUUUCCAGCCACUAAGUAUGACUUUGGCGCACCCCACGACAUUCAGUUAAAAUUAUAGUCUGUACAUUACAGUGGGGGGUGCCCAAAACCCUCGCACCAACCAGAAGUUACAAAAAGUAGUCCCAUUGGCAUUAAAAAGGACACGUUAUCUCACUUGUCCUUUUAAUUUCAAUGGGAUGACUUUGAGUACUUUUCCUCAUGUCAGCCACAGUGGCUUCAGAUGCUACCAUAUGGCACACAUUCUGCUGCUUUCUGUUCCUCUACACCAAGAGUAGGUAACUUCUGGCAUUCCAGCUACUGUUGAACCAGAACUCCUCUCAUCCCCACCCACAAUAAGUUGCCAGCCUACCCUCUCUGUACACCAAUGUCAUGUACAAAAGGCAGUCUUCCUGUCUUCUCCUGGGUGGGAGCCAUGCAGCAAACUGAAGCAGGACUAGUUGUGCAUCUCCUAGGUGGGAGACCUGGAGGUUUUGAUUGAAAUGCUAUUGUGGAAGAGCAGAAAGCAUCCUUGCAAACUUGUGUAUCCUGUCCUCUUGAAGCAAGGUAACAUUCAAAGCCACUUCCAGAUUUGAUGCAUAUCUAAACUAAACUGAAGUUGGCUUUAGUGGGCCAACUUGAAACCACACAAAGAUUUUUUUUUCCUUAUCAAAUGUCCAAGCAAGGAUUAAAUCAGUUUUGACUUUGGGUUGAUUCUUCUGUUGCUGAUAUAGAACGUAUGUGCAGAUUAGGCAUGUGUAAAAAGUGUCUUAAAAUACAAUUUUAAAAAUCCACUUAAUUCCAAUGGCUCUAUUUAUAUACAAGUUUCCCAAAGCACCAAGAUUAGGGCACUGCCUUUAUCUAGUUUGUCUCAUGUCUGCAAAACAGAUAUUGUUAUCUAUGAAUAUCAUAAUUAGAACUGGGGUAUAUUUGAUGUAUUGGAGAAUUAUGACCCAUGUUCACACAUGCAGAAAGCAGCUGUGUCUUUGACACCUCCAGCAGUUGCUUCAUACGAUACCUCAGUAUAGAUUCUGACACUGAGCUAUGGGACUUCCAGACUUUAAAUGUGUAAACAUUACUGAUUGGCAGCCCUCCUCAGCCACCUGGGUGAUGGGCAGUUUCCCAAUUUGCCUAAAACACACUUGCUAGCAUAAAACUAGCUCCUUCUCCCCUAUGGUAGGUGCUGCUGAAAGGUGAGGAACUGCCCUGCUCUGCAUACUGCAUGAUGGCUUAUACAAUGAAGUCAGAGUGAAAGGAAGGCCAUGGGGAGAAAUUCGUUUUAGUGAAUAGCUUACUUCUAUGGUAUGGGAACAUGGGAUCUCUUUUCACAACAUAGAGCAUCUUGUCUCCCUUUUGAGGGAGGGUUUUAUUCACAAUUGAGGCUGCUGCUAUUUUAUUUCUUUCUUUUUUUUGUAUUUGAUAAUUAUUUUUUAUAAAAAUCUAUGAAAAUAAAUAAUCUACCUAUC